CAACGGACAGAGCCAAAGUCAAUCUAGUAGUCAAUUUUGUUCGCCUUCAUUAUAAUGUCGGAAACCCAAUUUUUCCCUGGUCCCCUUUUCUACCCUUUUUCCCUUCACCUCGCGUGCGCGCCGUACAGUUUGUGUGUGAUCUGUGCCGUCAGCACUACUCCACCUUCGAGAUCCUGAUGACACACAACCGGCUGCGGCACUAUCAUACGAUCAAGUUCGGGUGCGGAUAUUGCAACGAAACGUUUCGCAACGAGGAUGACCUGUACUGUCACUUUGUCCUGACGCACCACGUGGAUCCGUACGAGGCUCGUGAUCCGGCCGAUCGGUCGCGGAACGCCAGCGAAUCGUACGAUGGUUCCGAGGAGCAGGUAGUGUCGCCCGUCGUGCGGAGAGCGGACGAAACGUGUCCCCAGAUGCGCCUGAUCAGCGAAAGUGAUGAUGGAUCCGAGUACGAGCAGGACGACGAUGAUGAGGAUGGCAGUGAGUCGGCCGACAGCGAUAUGGAGCUCAACUAUAACGAACUGUACAUGAGACGCAAGCGUUCCGCCAUGACGCAGGAAGAGAUCUCCGAGUUGGCCGACGUGUUCAAGAAGACGGUCCAGGCUACCUACACGACAAAGUGUACGUUCUGACGGUGGCUUUAAACUCUACGGCGUAGCGUAUCGAAGCAGCAUGACGGGAUGUAUCUUUAGUCUAGGAUUGAAUUCGAACAAGGAAUCGACUCGGGGGGCAUCGAUUCAAUCAAACCAAUAUCUCUCCGGCAUCUGGAGGGGUGUAAAUGUAUGCUAACACUUAGAGGAGGACACUUAGGAGGCGCACUCUCUUCCUCAGCCAGCGCGAUACGAAUGCAUUCGAAUCGAUUGUGCAAACGGGCAUGACACUGUGUGUGUGUGUGCGCCACCAUCUCGGCCUCUCCGGCGCGCUAAUGGCUUUGAAAUAGUUUUCGCAAAUAUUAUGAUUGCCGUCUACUAAGACGGCGUCGGCGCCCCACCAGUCCUGCCCAUGGGUGGCAUUUAUCACAUUUUUACUCGGGGUCUUUUCGAACGAGUUCGCGCGAGUGGCACGCCAUGUUACGGUUACCAUCCGCUUUCAACGGCCGCGGCGACGACAACGACGUUGACGACGACAUGAUAUUCCUGGGAAAGCUGCCAAGCGUGCGUGCACGCUCGUUCGGUAAUUACAAAGGUGACGAAGAGGAAUGCGUCACCGGGCGCACUCGGCCGGCCUCGCGAGGUCCAUGAAGAGUGGUUUGCCGAGGCGGGCUGCUGGUGGCGUGUUAAAUGGUGACGAUUCAUAUGGGUAGUGGGGAGGGAUCGGCGACAUCGACGCCGAAUGACAAUAGCAUUUUAAAGUACAA